AUGGAGAGGAGAGAGGGCGACGGGAAUACGGAGUCGGGCUACGGGAGCAGUGCGGGUGCGGCGACGGAAAGGGAUAGGGAUGGGGGAGUUAUGUGUAAAUUAGGGUCAGCUUCUGGUGUCACUUGCUCCAAUUACGGGGUUGGGGUGCUUCCAAACUUGUAUAAUUUGGCUGCUGGACAGUUCAACCCCCUUGUUAUUCAACCACAAGCCAUGACACAACAGGCUACGCGACAUGCUCGGCGUGUCUAUGUGGGUGGACUUCCUCCAACUGCUAAUGAGCAGACCGUUGCCAUAUUCUUCAAUGGAGUUAUGGCUGCUAUUGGAGGAAACACAGCUGGUCCAGGUGAUGCUGUUCUUAAUGUCUACAUAAACCAGUGGUCAGAAUUUGGUGUACUCAGUAAUUUCUAUACAUUCCUAUAG